AUGCGCGCGAACACGCUGAGAGCAGCAAUGGCGACGGCGAGGAUGGCGGUGUCGUCGCUGUCGUCGCCGGCAAGGGCGCUCUCGUCCGCGGCCGCGGCCCCUCCCGCCUCCGGCGUGUCCAUGGUGCAGGGCGCGUCGCGCGGCAUCGGGCUCGAGUUCGUGAGGCAGCUGCUGCGGCGGAGCGACCAGGGCCGCGUCGUCGCGACGUGCCGCGCCCCCGACUCCGCCGCCGAGCUCCAGGAGCUGAGGCGGGAGCACGCGGGGCGCCUCACCGUGCUGCCCCUGGACGUCACCGACGAGAGCACCAUAGAGGUAACGGGAGCCGCAGUUGGGGAGACCCACGGAUCUCUCGACCUACUGAUCAAUGCCGCCGGCAUACUUUCGAUCCCAAAUGUGAUACAGCCAGAGACCUCGUUGAGCAAAGUUCAGAAGUCAUCCCUGCUACUGGCAUAUGAAGUCAAUGCCGUCGGUCCUAUUCUAGUCAUCAAGCAUAUGCGUCCGUUCCUGAAGAUUGGUGCGAGCUUGGAAACAGGGAAAGGUUUCUCGUUGGUUGCAAAUAUGAGCGCUAGGGUUGGCUCGAUAGGAGACAAUGCUCUGGGAGGCUGGCAUUCGUACAGAGCUUCUAAAACAGCACUGAAUCAAUUGACAAAGACUGCAUCAGUCGAGUUGGGCAAGAAGGACAACAUCGCCUGCAUUUUGCUGCAUCCAGGAACAGUCGACACCGAUCUCUCACGGCCGUUCCAGAGAAACGUGGCCAAAGAUAAGCUCUUCACGAGGGAGUUCUCUGUACAGAAGCUCCUGUCUAUCAUCGACAAUGCCAAGAAGACUGACAACGGGAAGUUCUUCGCUUGGGAUGGCCAAGAAAUUCCUUGGUGA